UGUAAAUAUAAAACUGUCCUCUCAUUUUCAUUGUGUCUGUAACUUUCGAAGCGGUUUGACGUGUGGCGGAAAGUUUAACCCAAAAAUUGGAGAGCGAAAAUAGGAAAAUCACAAAAGUGCACUGCAUUGCCUGUGUUGUAUGAGAGAGUGUAUUGUAUGUGUCUGUGUAUGUAUGCUAAAGAAAGAGAGAGAGAGAAAAGGGGCAUAGCUGCAAUUUCAAAUAAAUAAAUUUGUAAAAUUAACAAAUUCAGAAAGAAACACAAAAUAGUGGUUGCAGCAUAAAGACAAUAUGUCUACCGUAGAAUCUUCUAGUUCAGCGGUGCAACAGCCACCCUCGUCUACAUUGCCAAUGCUGGGCGACAACCAAGUGACCACGAUGCAAAUGCAAAUGCAGGCCUCCACUUCGUCAGCGGGAGGCAGCAGCAGCAUGUCGGUGGGCGUACCAUUAGAUACGCAAAGCAGCGGUGAACCGCCAGCUAAGAAACAGAUGCUUGAUCCGAAUGCAGCUUCCUCAUCAUCGGGCUCGUUGUCCGGCGGUGGCGGAGGCGGUCCAGCUGGAACUGGAACCGGAACACACGAGAAGCUUGCCUAUCGCAUCUCAACUGCACUAUGCUGUGCCGUGUGCUUGGAUUUGCCCAAAACGGCCAUGUAUCAGUGUCAAAUGGGUCACCUGAUGUGCGCCGCCUGCUUCACCCACCUCCUGGCGGACGGACGCCUACGGGAUCAGAUAGCUACGUGCCCGAAUUGCCGCGUGGAAAUAUCAAAGAGCACCGCAUCCCGUAAUCUGGCUGUAGAGAAAGCUGCUUCCGAACUGCCCAGCGAAUGUCAGUUUUGCAACAAAGAGUUUCCAUACAAAUCUCUAGAACGCCAUGAGCAGCACGAGUGCCAGGAGCGACCCACAAAAUGCAAAUAUCAUCGUAUCGGCUGCCAGUGGCGUGGACCCUAUCAUGAGACAACUGAACACGAACGCAACUGCUUACAUCCCCAAAAAUCUGGCUAUGAGGUAAUGGCUGCCUUAGAGGCGCACGAUGUUAAGAUCAAAGAGGAAAAGAAAAUGUUUAGUACAUUGAUAGAUCUGUUGAGCUACGAGAAAAUAAUAUUCAAUGAUCUACAGAUGAAACCUUAUCGCACGGAUGAAUAUGUGCACAAACUGUUCUAUGAGACUGCACGUUUCUCAGCAUUCAACCAACAGUGGGUGGUAAAGGCGCGCAUCAAUAACAGCCAACGAGAUCCGCAUCAGUCGAAUGAGCGAACCAUCACCUAUCAGCUAAUACUGAAAACAAAAACCAGCACACCCAUGAGCAUACAUUUCUUUGCUCUGAAAGGUCCAUUUUCAGACAUGAAGGUCACCACACAAAUCUACAAGCACGAGUUUACGGAAACGAGCACUGAGAGUGAUUAUUACGUGCUACCCUUGCCUGAUGGCAACAGCACUGGUUCUAGCGAAUGCAAUCGUAUGCUGGCUAAUAAAGGGAUCAAUUUCCGUUUACUGAUGUUUCUGCUGAACAAGUAAAGCGAUCGUUAUAUGCUAGUAGUACAGAUUUUGCAACCUAGUUUAAGUUUGUUGUUUCUGACUCAUAAAUGUGCAAAAAAUAGAUGUAGCCUAAAUAUAUACAUAUAUAUUUUCUAUCUCUAAAUGUACAUGUACUUUCAAAAAAGCAAAAAAAAAAAAAAA